AUGGGGACCGUGAUCUUCCUUUUGGCAUGUCUUUGGGGUGCUUCUGACUCGGUUCCCAUCAGGCUUGUGGAUGGACCCAGCCGUUGCUCGGGGCGUCUCGAGGUGCUCUGGAAGCAGCAGUGGGGAGCCGUGUGUGAUGACAACUGGGAUCUGCCUGAUGCCAUGGUGGUGUGCAGGCAGCUGGAAUGUGGGGAAGCUCUGUCAGCACCUGGCUCAGCUCAUUUUGGUCAAGGAACUGGUCAUAUCUGGCUGGACGACAUGAACUGCACUGGUACAGAAGAUGAUCUUUCUGCCUGCAGGACCAGACCCUGGGGAGAACACAAUUGUGAUCACGGAGAAGAUGCGGGCGUUGUGUGCGCAGAACUUGAAAAAACAGCAAAGGUGCAAUUAGUGAAUGGUUCAAGUCGCUGUGCUGGUAGAGUGGAGGUGCUUUAUGGCCAGCGAUGGGGAACGGUCUGUGAUGACAACUGGGAUAUGACUGAUGCUGAAGUCGUAUGCCGGCAACUGGGCUGCGGGACUGCUCUGUCUGCUCCUCCCUUAGCUUCCUUUGGGUCAGGGCCUGACCCUAUUUGGCUCGAUGACGUGGCCUGCCAAGGAACUGAAGCCGCCCUCUCCGAAUGCAGCGCAAAGCCUUGGGGAAGCCAUAAUUGUGUGCACGGAGAAGAUGCCGGCGUUGUGUGCUCAGGCUUUGCAGAACCUGCCCCACUUCGAUUAGUGGAUGGGCUGAACCACUGCUCUGGCAGAGUCGAGGUGUUUUAUGGCCAGCGCUGGGGAUCCGUGUGUGAUGAUGACUGGGACCUGGCCGAGGCAGAGGUCGUCUGCAGGCAGCUGGGCUGUGGAAAGGCCUUGUCAGCUACCCACGGGGCUUACUUUGGGCAAGGAUCUGACCCCAUUUGGCUUGAUGAUGUCAACUGCACAGGGACAGAAGCUGCUCUCUCCCAGUGCAGAGCCGCUCCCUGGGGAAACCAUAACUGUGAGCAUGGAGAAGACGCUGGUGUGGUUUGUACAGGGUUUGAUGAACUGCUUCCAGUCCGACUGGUGAAUGGUUCAAACAACUGCUCUGGGAGAGUCGAGGUGUUUCAUGAGCAGCAGUGGGGAACUGUCUGCGACGAUGGCUGGGACGAGAUGGAUGCUCAGGUGGUGUGCAGGCAGCUGGGCUGUGGGACAGCAGCCUCAGCCCCCGGCUCUGCUCAGUUUGGACAAGGAAUGGGUCAGAUUUGGCUGGAUGAUGUGAACUGCGCCGGGGACGAAACCAUCCUCUCCGAGUGCCCAGCCAGGCCUUGGGGAGAUCACAACUGCGACCACGGAGAGGACGCCGGUGUGGUCUGCUCAGGUCUCGUGGAACCAGCUCCCAUCCGCCUCGUGAAUGGUCCGAACCGUUGCUCUGGGAGGGUCGAGGUGUUUCAUGAGCAGCGGUGGGGAACCGUGUGUGAUGAUGGCUGGGGUGAGGCUGAAGCCCACGUCGUGUGCAGGCAGCUGGGCUGUGGGGAAGCACUGUCAGCCCUGGGCUCAGCUCAUUUUGGGCCAGGGCCUGAUCCCAUCUGGCUGGAUGAUGUGAGCUGCUCCGGGAGCGAAGCUGCCCUCUCUGAGUGCAGGGCCCAGCCUUGGGGGUCCCAUAACUGCAAGCACAGGGAAGAUGCUGGUGUGGUGUGCUCAGAUGUACCAAGAAUAGCUCCACUCAGGUUAACAAAUGGACCAAAUCGUUGCAGUGGGAGAGUUGAAAUGUUUUAUGGCCAGGAGUGGGGAACAGUUUGUGACAGUGGCUGGGAUAUAAAUGAUGCUGAAGUCGUUUGCCAUCAGCUGGGCUGCGGGAGAGCACUGUCCACUCCGCCCUCUGCCUAUUUUGGAGAAGGAUCUGGGCCCAUCUGGCUGCAUGAUGUGAACUGCACGGGGACAGAAACUGCCCUCUCCCAAUGCGAAACUGCUCGCUGGGGAGUCCACAACUGCAGCCAUGGAGAAGAUGCUGGCGUCGUGUGCUUGGGUGUUCCAGAACCAGCCCCGAUCCGACUGGUGGGUGGUUCAAAUUUCUGCUCUGGAAGAGUCGAGGUGUUUCAUGAGCAGCGAUGGGGAACCGUCUGCGACGAUGACUGGGAUGAGAGGGAUGCUCAGGUGGUGUGCAGGCAGCUGGGCUGUGGGACAGCAGCUUCAGCCCCCGGCUCUGCUCAGUUCGGACGAGGAACGGGUCAGAUUUGGCUGGAUGAUGUGAACUGCGCAGGGACUGAAAGUGCCCUCUCUGAAUGCCGGGCACAAGCUUGGGGAGCCCACAACUGCAACCACAGAGAGGAUGCUAGUGUGGUCUGCUCAGGUCUCGUGGAACCAGCUCCCGUCCGCCUCGUGAAUGGUCCGAACCGUUGCUCCGGGAGAGUCGAGGUGUUUCAUGAGCAGCGGUGGGGAACCGUGUGUGAUGACGACUGGGGUGAGGCUGAAGCCCAUGUCGUGUGCAGGCAGCUGGGCUGUGGGACAGCGCUGUCAGCCCCGGGUUCAGCUCAUUUUGGGCCAGGGUCUGACCCCAUCUGGCUGGAUGACGUGAGCUGCUCCGGGAGCGAAGCUGCCCUCUCUGAGUGCAGGGCCAAGCCUUGGGGGUCCCAUAACUGCAAGCACAGGGAAGAUGCUGGUGUGGUGUGCUCAGGUACUCCUGAAGUUCCUCCUCUCCGACUGGUGAAUGGCCCCAAUCGUUGUGCCGGUAGAGUGGAGGUGCUUCACAGCCAGGAGUGGGGGACAAUCUGCAGUGACAGCUGGGACUUGAAUGACGCCGCAGUGGUGUGCCAGCAGCUGGGCUGUGGGAGGGCUGUGUCCGCCCCAGGUUCGGCUUAUUUCGGGCAAGGUUUUGGCCGUAUCUGGCUGGAUGAUGUGAAAUGCUCUGGUAGAGAAUCAGCCCUCUCUGAAUGUGCAGCAAGGCCUUGGGGAGUCCAUGACUGUAAUCAUGAAGAAGAUGCAGGCAUCGUAUGCUCAGGUUACGCGCUCAGGCAGCAGAGGUCCAAAAGCAAUUUAUGA